GUUUGAUUGUCACUGCUUGUCUAGUGACAGCAGUGUCAAGAACAUUUAAUAUUUACAUUUACACUUUACAAAACGUUUUCAAAUUUUUAAUUCCAAAUUUCAAGUCUGGAAUGGAAUUGAGAAAUGAGUAAAUAUGAAAGAGUUUCUUAUCUGACAUGUUAUCCACGAAGACUGAAAAAGAGUAGUAUCAUAGUAUCAUAGAUACCAGUUGACCAGUUUUGCAGUAGUGAAGAGUUUCCAAUCAUAUGAAAUAAAACAUGAAAGUCUUAGAAUUAUAUAGUGGCAUUGGGGGAAUGCAUAUGGCAUUAAAGGAAAGUCAAAUUCAAGGGAAUGUAGUUGCUUCUAUAGAGAUUAACAAUGUGGCUAAUGAAAUAUACAAACUGAACUUUCCACAUACUCCAUUAUUCAAUAUGAAUAUUGAAGGACUGUCUGCAGAAUUCAUCAACAAUCUAGAUGUUGAUACAAUAUUAAUGUCCCCACCUUGUCAGCCAUUCACAAGAAAUGGUCUGCAAAAGGAUAUAAGAGAUCCAAGAACAACAUCAUUCUUGCACAUCCUAGAAAUCUUACCACAUAUGAACAUAGAAAAUAUACUAAUAGAGAAUGUUAAAGGAUUUGAAAAGUCAGAUACAAGAAAUAUUUUGAUGCAAGCCUUAGAAAAGGGUGGUUUCAGUUUUCAGGAAUUCAUAGUUAGUCCUGAUCAAAUUGCAAUACCCAAUUCCAGACAUAGAUAUUACUGUUUGGCUAAGAAACUACCAAAUAGAUUUUCAUUCAAAACAGGAUCACUGAUGGAACAUUUUCCUAUUCAACUUCAAAAUAAUGAGUGUUUCUGUUUGACAGAGAUAUUGGAAAAUAUAGCUGAUAAAAAAUUCUUCUUAUCAGACUCCAUACUGAAAAAAUAUGUAAAUGUCUUGGACAUAUGCCAUACCAGUUCAAGAAGAUCAUGCUGUUUUACAAAGGCAUAUGGAAGAUUUUUAGAAGGCACUGGGAGUGUGCUCACUGAUAGAAGUGAGGAAGAAGUUCCAAAGAUUCUUUCUGAGGCAAUGUUACAAAAUACUGAUGAAAAUUUGAGAAUUGAAUUGUUGAAAUCUCUGAACCUCCGAUUUUUUACUCCAAGAGAAGUAUGCAGACUCAUGUGUUUUCCAGAAUCAUUCAAAUUCUCACCAAAUCUAAGUGAUAGAAAAAAAUACAUGUUGUUAGGAAAUAGUAUUAAUGUUAGAGUUGUAUCAGAGUUAAUAAAACUUUUAAAUAGCUGAA